AUGGCUUCCGUCAAACGGCAGCAGCACGCGAUGCCAUCUCAGUCUAACAGCAAGUGCACACGCAUGGCGCCCCGCGCCAAAUGCCCGCGCAUCUCCAUCGAAUGGACGGGCCCCUCUCUUCCCGAACCCAAGUGA